AGAGCACCAGCCCGUAAAAGAGCUAGGCAGGCCGGGGCCGCGCCUCAGUCGAGCCCCGGGCAGCCCCAUUGGUCGACGGCAAGCGUCGGAAUAGCCGCGCACCCAUACUCGACGCGUUCGGGCAGCCCAUGGCGAGCACUGCUGCGACGCACCGCCGCCGCUGGUCCCAGGCCGAGAAGGACGUGUGCGCCGCAGGCGUGAAGAAGUUCGGGGCGUUCAACCACCGGCGCAUCGCACAACUCGUCGGCACGCGCUCCAAGGCGCAGGUCCGCACGUACCUCUACGCGGCGGGCUACCGGAAGUUGGGGGCCGCUCCGUUCUACACGACGGUCGAUCAGCCGCCGCCGCCGCCGCCGCCGCCGUUCGCGACCCAUGAGCGACUCGACAAUACCGAGGUCCCAACCAUAGACAUAUUCAACGGUGCCAAGGACCGAAGCGACGAUGAGGGCAAUACCAACGAUGGCGUAGAGCGCCACCAGAAGAUUCUCCGUCGAGAAGAGCAACACCACGUCCCGUUCUGGAGCGCCGCCGAGCUCGCCGCGGACGACUGGACGCCGCCGCAGCGACAGGCCUUCGAGAAAGCCUUUUCGCGGAAGAUGGCCGCACGCUUUGAAGCCACGGACAUCACCUCUGCGGAUGUCGUCCACGGCCACGGCACGGUCGCGAGACGCCUUUUGUUGCGAGGCGAGGUCCUCGUUGACCCCUGCGCUUCUUAUAUCGAAGGCGCGCCGCCGCCGGCUAGUGACGACCGCGCCGUCGCAUACAACGACGCCCACUUCCGCCUGCGGACAGACACGCGCGCCGCCCCGUCCUACUACCUCAACGAGGCGCGUGAUCGAGAACCGAACGUCGAGUGGCGCGUGAUUGAUCUGGGCCGGCCGGCGCUCGGCGUCGUCGUCCUACGAGAUAUCCAGCCGAAGGAGGAGCUCCUUCUAUUCUAUGAGGCGCCGGACUAAUGUAC